CAAUACCACAACACGUUCCGUUCUGUUCCGAUUCGUGAUGGGUCGACUUCCGUUGUGCCUUCUGCUCCUGACGGUGGCGAUUUGUAGUGGCCACGCCUAUGAGGCACCUGAGGCCCAGGUGCGCGUGUUCUAUCCCAAGGGAUUCGAGGUCUCCAUUCCGGAUGCUGAGGGUAUUUCACUGUUCGCCUUCCAUGGUAAACUGAACGAGGAGUUUGACGGACUGGAGGCGGGGCAAUGGGCAAGGGACAUCCCGAGUGCCAAAAGGGGUCGCUGGACCUUCCGAGAUCGCGAGACAAAACUGAACCAUGGUGAUACCCUCUACUUCUGGACCUACGUGAUUUACAAUGGACUGGGCUAUCGACAGGAUGAAGGAGCCCAUGUGGUGACCAGCUACGACAAUCAAAACAAUUAAUUAUAAUCUUAUAAACAAUAAAAGUUUGAAGCCGAGCUUUAAGCUUCUAUAGAA